UCCCACUGAGGCUGGCUAUGAGCAGCGUCUGAAGGCUGCACCGCUUGCGUAGCAGCAACACAGCGGCUCCUGCAUCCUCAUCUGCCUCCUCUUCAUCUGGGAUCCACACGCCACCGGAGCCUUUUGUGUCUCCUCGGGAGCCAUUGUCGUCUCGAGCCGCGUUUUUUUUUUUUUUUGGGGGAGGGGAGGAAGCAACACCAUGGACGUGAUGGGCAACAAAGAGCGACGGGGCGUGAAUUUCAAAGGCUUGCUGAAGAGGAACUGGCUUCUGAUUGCCACUGUUAUAUCAGUGGUGCUCGGGAUCAGUCUGGGCGUCGUGGUCCGAGAGUAUGCAUCCCUCUCCAACCUCGACAAGCAGUACUUUGGCUUCCCAGGAGAGAUCCUGAUGCGGAUGCUAAAGCUGGUCAUACUUCCACUCAUUAUUUCCAGCAUGAUAACAGGUGUCGCAGCUCUGGACUCUGAAGUAUCCGGAAAGAUUGGUCUGCGAGCCGUCAUUUAUUACUUCUCAACAACCAUCAUUGCAGUUAUUCUUGGGAUUAUUUUGGUGAUGACUAUCAAACCAGGCGUCUCUCAGACAGCUGACCACAUUGACAGAGCCGGGACCACUCCCAAUGUCACAACAACUGACACACUCCUGGACCUCAUCAGAAAUAUGUUUCCAGAGAAUCUGGUGCAGGCUUGUUUUCAGCAGUACAAGACAAUACGCAAAGAAGUGGACCCUCCAAAAGUGUCAACCAACACAACCGUAAUUCCUCCUUUAGCAACUACCGUCAUGGCAGUUGUAGAGAAUGUCACUAAGGACUAUAAAAUCGUCGGGGCAUAUUCGGAUGGAAUCAACGUCCUGGGGCUUAUAGUGUUCUGUGUUGCCUUUGGCCUGGUCAUUGGGAAAAUGGGAGAAAAGGGACGCAUCCUCCUGGAAUUCUUCGAUGCCUUGAAUGAAGCAACCAUGAAACUGGUCCACAUAAUUAUGUGCUACAUGCCAGUAGGGAUCCUGUUUCUAAUUGCUGCUAAGAUCAUUGAGGUGGAAGACUGGGAGAUUUUCAAAAAGAUGGGUCUUUAUAUGGUGACGGUCCUGAGUGGACUAGCAAUCCAUGCCACCAUCUGUCUGCCACUGAUCUUCUUUGUCAUUGUGAGGAAGAAUCCCUACACAUUCACACUGGGAAUGGCUCAAGCCCUGGUGACAGCACUCAUGAUCUCCUCAAGCUCUGCCACUCUACCCGUCACCUUCCGAUGUGCAGAGGAGAACAACUGCAUCGACAAGAGGAUCACUCGCUUCGUCCUCCCUGUAGGUGCCACCAUUAACAUGGACGGCACAGCUCUGUACGAAGCAGUAGCCGCCAUCUUCAUCGCCCAGCUUAACGACUACCCUCUGGAUGUGGGCCAGAUUAUUACUAUCAGUAUUACUGCAACGGUUGCCAGUAUUGGGGCAGCAGGAGUCCCUAAUGCUGGUCUUGUCACCAUGGUGAUAGUCUUAACAGCCGUAGGAUUACCUGCAAGUGAUGUCACUCUAAUAGUGGCAGUGGACUGGCUUCUGGAUAGGUUCCGUACUAUGAUCAAUGUGCUUGGAGAUGCAUACGGAGCAGGAAUAGUUCAGAAACUUUCUAAAAGGGAACUGGAGAGGAUGGAUCUGACAUCAGAUGGAGACCUUGCCAACCCAUUUGCUCUGGAGGCCACUUUGGAUGAUGACGAGUGUGAGAAAAAAUCCUAUGUGAAUGGAGGUUUUACUGUCGACAAAACAGAUGCAAUCUCCUUCACUGAAACCUCCCAGUUUUAGACUUUGCCUGGCUUAGAGGAGCAGAGUAAGUGCCAUGCUGCUGUGGAUCCAGAGCAGAAAACAUUCCAUCACGUAUGUAUCAACACCAUGACAGGAGAGGAUUCAACCAGACCCAUCCCAGCUCAAUUAUCAGCAAUAGCAGCUUCUACUAAGCUUACUUCAGAGGAUUGCCCUUCAUGUUGGACAAUUACAACCAUGACUUGAUUAAAGUGCUUCCUUCUUACACUCAAAUUGUGCCAAGAUCUAAAAUGUGGGCGUGUGCGUGUGUGUGUGUGCACUGAUUCGAGAUUUAUUUUUUGUGUAAGAAGACAUAAAUUUAAAGAAAAAAAUCAAUUUAAUGAUUAAUUUAGAUUUAAACAAUCUAAAUUACACACUUCACUUUUAUGUACAUUUGUUGUUGAAUGUCUACUGUAUGUUCCAUGAUGCACUGCUCGUAUAUCUAUGUAUAUAUUUAAACUGUGCCAAAACAUACACAUUUUUUCAGAGCUGCAUGAAGCAAUAUGCUAAUGAAAUGCUGAUUGCUAACUGAUUAUGAACUGAUUAUUUCGGACAUUAUAGAGGAUUAAAGAGGCUUAGGAGGUCAAUCAACACUGUGAAUUUUUAGAACAUUUUUUUUCCCAAAAAUGUGCCACAAACAAUAAUUAAUGCAAGCAUCGUGUAUCAAUGAUCAUAUGUGUAUGUGGGUUGAGGCAGUGUGAUGAAAACCUACAGGACAUAAAAACCCCAAUUAAACAAGAGCAUUUCGACUGUUGAAUUCAGCAAAUGAAUAGUUAAAACAGGUAUUUCAGUCUGAUGGCUAAGAAAAUAUAUAUAAUUAUGAGAUAAUGAUCACAAUAUUUAUAUAGAAAAUGCAAAACGUUUAGCUAAUUAGACAACAAAAGGCAGAUUAAAUCUGAAUCUUCACAACAAAAGGCACAAAUAAGAAAUAAGAAGAAUAAUAGAAUUACUAAUGAAUAAUUUCAAAGUACAGUUAUUCCAUGUAGAGGGCUGUUAGCUUAGCUUAGCAUCACAACUGGAAAAUGGUAAAACAACUACUGAAGUUGGAAAAUAUAUGCCUUAAAAGCUGUAUAACCAAAUUGUUAUGUAUACAUUUCUACAUACUAUAAUUGUGAUACUAUGGGUUGUUAGCAAACAUGGCAAAAUAGACUAGUAGACAUACUAUGAAGUUUGGAAAGUUUUUAGGCUCGGCUAAGCUAAGGUAAGCUAAUACCCUCCUGUCUCUACAUUUCAUUGAGCGUCCAAAGUUUUCCAAAUUGCAUUUCUUUGAUACAAAACACAACACAUAGCAGACCACCUAGCUGUUAGCUUUCGUCAUUUUCAUUUCCUGUGUCAUUUGCCACAUCAAAAUAAAAUGUGUUGGAGAUUUAUUUGUUUACAUAAUGAGCAUAAGCACUGACAGUAUUUAAUUAACGCCCUUGAAUGUUUGAGUAUUGUCUUGAUGUUUAGUGUUUUCUUUAUGAUUUGUUGAUUGUUCAAUGUAAACAUUGCAAACAGCCACUGCUUACACUCUAAACACACACUAAAAUAUGUUUUGGUUCUUGAGGUGUAACUGCCUACAGUAUGUCAACCAAAUACUUUCGUUAAAUUAAAAAGGUUGACAGCAUUUAUUAAUUAGCCAAUUAUCACUAGUUACUGGUGUAACUAGCUAGUUAUUUUUCUGAUCUUAGGGGCUUUUUUGGCAAAGAUAAAAAAAAGAUUUAAUAUGUUUUACAUACAGUAUAAGUUUAGUCAUAGUAAAGAAAAAAUUAGAGAAUGUGCUGCAAAAACAAACAAGCAAGGUUAUAUAUCACUUUUUUUAUUUGCUUCUUUGUAUCUACUCUAUUUUUUGACAUUACAGCAUCUCCAUGUAUUUCUGAGAGCUUUGAUUUUAAUUAGAUUACUGCAUACAGUAUGUUGGUUGGCCUUUGCCCGAUUAGGUUCUCUUCCAAUACAAACACGAUGCUUAAAGAGGGCUAUAGAUCAUUCUGGUAAUGUUAAUAUAUUACAAUUCUAGUUAUAAUAUUACAGUUACUAUAUUCAAGAGUCACUUAGUUUGGUUUAGAUAGCACCCACAAAAGCUACGUUAUGCACUAAUUUAAUAUCAAACAUUCUUGCCCGACAUAAAGAAAUGCAAUUUUCUAAAACUUGACUAAUAAACAGACUAGCAUUCAUCAUUUUGGAAAAGUCUGUCAGUUAAAGUGGAAAGGUAAAAAAUGGUAUAGAAAAAUGUAAAAAGCUUCUCUCCUUAGAUGAUGGCUGAUGCUUCUAAAAUGCUACUGAUGUCUGCACUUUUAUUGAUGCUCCUUGUUGCACUGUUAUUUAACAUGACCCCACUAUAGUUGUGAUAUUUUAUAAAUAUAUGCUGUAUAUAUGUGUCCUAACUGAGAGCUAUGUACAGUGUUUGACUCUGUGCAGCUAUAUAUUUCAUGCCUGCACAUGCACACACAGUACUUUAGCUUGGAAAAAGUCCUUUUGAGCUUGUGGUCUCGACCUCAAGACAAGACAAGAUUUGACUUAGUAUUACUGGGUUUGUCUGUUGUACUGCUUGUUGUUGUUCAUAUAUAAUAGAUGUGAAAAAGCAAGCCUCUUGUCCAUUGCUGCCAUGUUAAUAUCUGUUUUAAGCUUUUUAACAUUUUUCUAAAUGACUAGUCCCAGUCUCCUAACAAAGAAACACCACAACUACACCACUCAUGUUAGGCUAACAGAGGUGGAACAAUUAAAAUUUAGCAGAUCUACAAGUUUUAUACAUACUUAGCAGCAGUUAAUUUUUGGUUUAUUGCUCAAAUUGUAAUAGAAACAAAACUGCCAGAGUGGCAUACAGCACAAUAUCAUACUGUAUGAUGUGUUCCAAGUCACAAGUUAGACAGACAACAUGAAUUCAUACAGCAACAUAUGAUGUUUUUAUUUGGUUUGUGUGAAGCACUGCCACAUCUAGUGAACAAUUUUAUAGUAGAAUUAUGGUGUAGAAUUAAUAAACAUAGCUAUAUUGCAAUGCUAGGCACUAACUGACUUUAGGCAGACACCAUUCAGCUUUUUUCAUAAAUCAUGGUGAUGAAGUAAUGAAAACACUGAAUAAUAAAAUGUUCAUUAAAGCGAUGUUUUCAGGGUCAGGUUUGCCUGCCUGAGUGUUUCUACUUCGGCUUUCAAGGUAAAGGGUGGCCCCUUAACUUUUCUACAUGAUGUCGAGUACUCUGUUUGAAGCAAUUUCCAAUUCGACUGUUUAUGGAACACUGUGAACAUCUGUGUUUCUGCUGUAGGGUCACGCUUCACAUAAUACAUGGGUGAGUCAUGCUGCUUGUUUAUAUUUGUAUAAUGACCAGAGAUGACUCACAAAUCAGGUUGUUUUACUGUAUAUGUUUCAAAAGCACACUAUGAUGGCAUCACCUAACCCCCUCACUGCACAGACACUACAUGAGUAACUACUACUAAAGAAAGUGAAUCAACAUGUACAACAUUAUCUAUUAUACUAUACUGCAAGCUAAUAAAGGAAAGUUGCUCAUU